AUUAUCCUCGCUCCCACUCUUUUCUCGAUACCCUGCGCCUAUACCUUGAGCCCUCUCUUCCCAUCGCAGAUCUCUCUGUCCAAGCAACUGUGCCUCGUUGGGUGCUCUUUCACAGGUGUCCACUCUCGCACUCCCCCACGGCAGUCCCGUACCGUCGCAGCUCAACCUCCGGCCCCCAAAUACCGGCGACGUUGCUUACUUUCUCCCUUGAUUGGGGAACAUAAUCUCAUCUUCAUCACCGCCAACCCUUUUUCCUCAACAACAUCUCAUCCCUCUCAUCAUUCGCUGCCAAGACAAACAGAACAACCUCACAAAAUGGUCAAGCAGGUCGUGAUUCUGGGCGCAGGCUACGCAGGCCUCGGCGUCGCCCAUAAGCUGCUCAAGUACACCCAGCCCAAGGUCAAGGAUCUCAAGGUCAUCCUCGUCUCCCCAUCGACCCACCUGUACUGGAACUGCGCCGCCGUGCGCGGUCUUAUUCCCGGCGAGUUCUCCGACGACACUCUCUUCAACGAAAUCAAGCCCGGCUUCGAAAAGUACCCCCAAGACGCCUUCGAGUUCGUCCUCGGCAAGGCCACCACCUUCGACGCCACAUCCAACACUGUGCAGAUUGAGACCAAAGAGGGCCUAAAGUCACUUGAGUACGCCCAACUUAUCAUCGCCACCGGCUCUUCCCUCGCCAGCGGCGUCCCCUUCAAGACCAUCGGCACCCACGAAGAGACCCUCACCGCAUGGCACAACCUCCAGUCCGAGGUCAAGGUCGCAAACUCCAUCAUCGUCUCCGGCGCCGGCACCACCGGUGUCGAGACCGCCGGUGAGCUCGGCCACGCCUACGGCUCCACCAAGCAAAUCACCCUCAUCGUCGAGGGCGACGCGCCCCUCCCCGGCCUCCUGCCUCAGCUCGGCAAGAUCGCCGCCAAGAACCUCCAGCAGCUCAAGGUCAAGCUCGUCACCAACGCCCGCGUCACCGAGGCAAACACCUCUGGCGCUCUCAAGUCCAUCAAGCUGUCCAACGGCGAAACUCUCACCGCGGAUCUGUACCUGCCCCUCUUCGGCGUCCGGCCCAACUCCUCCUUCAUCCCGGAGCACCUCCUCGAUGACAAGGGCAGCCUGAAGCUCAAGCACGACCUCCGCGUCGAGGGCCUCACCAACGUUUGGGGCGUUGGCGACAUCGGCAACCUCGAGGCGAAGCAGCUCAUGCGCGCCGAGGGCCAGGCGCUGCACCUCUCCGACAACCUCGAUGCCGUCCUCACCGGCAACGAGACCAAGGUCAAGGACCUCAAGCUCACGCUCAAGCCCCAGGUGUUUGUGACGAUUGGCAAGAAGAAGGCCACGGGCCAGUUCAACACGAUGAAGCUGCCUGGCUUCAUCGUCAGCGCCGCCAAGGCCAAGACCUUCUUCACUGAGAAGGGUCCUGGUCUGGUCCAGGGCAAGAACAUCGCCAGAGCGUCGAUUUGAGGAAACCCACUUGAUUGGGUCAAUGAUGGAUGACGGAGAAAGAUUGGUAAUGGGUUUGCUUCAGCUUUGAUAUCCCGGGUUGCGAACCGUCGUUGCAUGGCUUAGUAGUGUGUAAGCACACGGAACUUUUAAUCAUUGGACAUAUACCC